AUGGACGCUGGCAGUGUGCUGGAGGGCAUCAGAGCCUCGUUCCAUGCAGGAGGGCUCCCUGAGGAGGAAGGGGAGGCGGACGAAGACAUUCACGCGAGGUUACAGCUGGCGGUUCCCUGGUCGGCGAGCAUGGAGUUGCAGUGGAUUGGGCAUGAGGAGUUUGCCAACUGCCAGGAUCUAGCACACGAGGUGGAGGAGCGGUUCAGAGACAAGGAUUGCGAGCUUGCGGUGGUAGCGCUGCACUGGGGCAGGCGAUCCAUUACCAGCGACAUCGUCUUUGUCGUCGACUCCAUGUGCACCAGCCUCCGCCUGCGGAAUGGGAGGCGACUGUGCUUGUCUGCUAUGCUUUGUCGCUGUGGAGCUAGGGGGCACUGCUUCUUCAUGCUGAAGCAGGACGUGAGCGGGGCAUGGACGCUGCACGAGGAUGAGUCGGAGGUGUCGUGGGUCGGAAUGUCGUGGGCUGAUGUCCGUAGGAAGUGCGCAGGCGUGUUCAAGACACGAGAGAAAGCGUUGGGAACUUUCAAACCUUUCCUCUUCUUCUUCCUCCCGGAGAACAACUCGAACUUUUGUCUUCCUUCCCAUGAUACAAGUCUAGAUGACUCCACCGUCUCUGUAUCUUCCCAUAGGAUCAAGAUGAAUGCUCACAGCGACAUUCACAACAACGUCGCAUCCACUUUGAACAGUUUACAGGAGCAAUGUCAGAAGAUGGAGGAAGAGCAGAAGGGAAAUGUUGAGCUGCACGAAGUUUUGGAAACCCUCGUCGUCAUGGAACAAGCACAUCGAAAGGAGGUUUCAGAGCUGUCACGGUCCAACGAGGAUUUGAGCAAGAAGCUCUCCGAGAAGGAAAUGCUCCUGAAUGCUGCUCUUGAUCGAGUUUCUGCUCUUUCCCUUGAGCAGCGAGUCUGGCAGGGAGACGUGCAGGCUAUGGAGGCUUUAUCUCCAACAGAGAUUCAGAGCAUGAUAGAGCAAGCGGACAGGUUCUUCAGCCUGUUCAAGAGCUUUCUUGCUCUUGCUCUUGCCUCUCCUCUUCCUCCUCCUGCUCUCUGCUAA